AUGACGUUUCGCACAGGCUGUGAUGCCAUCUGGUGCAGAGCAUUCUCGCUUUCUCUGGAGGGAGAAGCCUUGGAGUGGUUCGACUCACUCCCAAACGGGACCAUAGAAGACUUCAAAAGUUUAAGCGGUAUGUUUAAGAGUCAGUUUGCGGUGUGUCGAGUACAGGAUGCCACCAUCGUCGACCUGAUGAACCUGAAACAAGGUAAAGUAGAGCCCCUCAAGGCUUUUAUGGAUCAGUUUCAGAAAACCGUUCGACGCGUCAAGGGGCUCAGUACGGAGUUAGCCUUACAACACGUGAUGCCCGGCUUAAGGCCUGGUACGUUCAAGGAUAACGUAUUUCGAAAUCCCCCGAAGACCAUGGAGGAGUUGCGCCAGAGGACGGCGGAUGAAAUCAGGGUGGAGGACAUGAAACAAAGUUAUAGAAAGGAACUUCAGGAAGCAAAGGCUGAGAAGAAAGAGAAUAAACGAGACGGUCAGAGUAACCGCCCGGGAACUGCUAAGGCCCGGGAUGGACCCCGUAAUCCCCGGUUCCAACAAUACACACAACUAAACGCCCCUCGGACCCGAAUAUUGCAGGAGGCGCUUAGCGCGCAAGUGAUGCAGGUCCCUCAACAGCGUCCGACUCCCCCGGGAGCGGAUAAUUCCAAACAUUGCCUGUAUCACCAAAAUAUGGGCCACAACACCGAGGAUUGUGUGACGCUCAAGGACAAGAUCGAAGAGAUGAUCCGAGCGGGACAAUUAGUGCGAUAUGUAAAGGGAUACCGAUCGGAGGGAUCUCCUGAUAGGCGAGAAAGGCGAGAGUACAUCAGGAGAAGCCCUCCCCGAUUUGAGGAAAGAAGAGAGUACGACAGGAGGAGCCCUCCCCGGUUUGAGGAGAGGAGAGACCGACAGACGGAUGGUCGUGGUGAUCGACACACAGGCGAUGGGAGAAAUUAUGCUCCCUAG